GUUGUGUAUCGGUUCGUCACCUGGCCUGUUGAAGCGAAAUCAUAAUGACGAGCAGAUGCAAGAGGAAGACGUCUCCAGGAUUAUCAGACCCUCCAAAUCCAACAAAGAAGGCAAAGAACAACUCUGACGAGGAGAGCUUGCAUGCCUUUCAGCGUCUUCUUGACUUCUCUCAUCUUCAGGAGCCGUCAUCUAUCCGACAACGUUUCAGUGAUAUUAGCUCUGCGCUACUACACAACUUUCUCAUUGUGGUUCAGACGCGUCUGGGAUCAGACAGAGAGUUAGACUUCGUAGAAACCAAACUUCAAAUCAUGGAGAUGGAGUUUUAUUUCUGGAAUUCAGCUUGCCAUCGUGACCCGUUUACUCACGGAAGCCAGGAGCAGAAAACCGCAGGUCAAUGGUAUUUUCACCGCACUCCAAGACGGUCUGACGAUUCUACGCAGACUCUGAUUAGCACCUCUGGAUAUAGAGGCGGGACGCGCAAGGGAUUGGAUCUCACGAUAAGCUGCAACGCCCCUACCAAAUCACCAUACUUUUCUUCAGGGUCGCGUCCUGACGAGAACCAAGCAUACGGCGGCGUGCUUUUACGCACCCUCCGUAACUUGAGUUCUGGAACAGUCAUCUCUGGUCCGUCUCUUCUAGUGGAUCAUAUCCUACAUCUCAGCGGGGCAGAAAGGAUCUCAGACCUGGUCGAGAAUCUCUGGGAGAGCGACAUUAACGCGUUCAAAAGCGCAUAUGCUGGUGAAAGAAAAACGUGCAUGUUCCUUUGCCCAAUCCCAAUCGUAAACCACACACCCCACAUAUAUAAAUCCCCUCGCAUCGGCCUCGAUCUCUCCCAUCCUGGCACCACAGCAUCUCUUACCCACCCCCGGGUGGAUUUCAUAUCCCAGCCUUACCGCUAUUUCGUUCACCCCGAGGAAUUGACAGCAAAUGGACGAGCACAGACACUUCUCGGUGUUCUCCCACGCAAGGAGCUCUCUGGAUUGAAGGACAAGACCUUGAAUGCCUAUAUGGCAGAAUAUCAGACCGGCUUGGAUGGAAACGCGAAGCUGGAAGAAUUCGUGGGUGCGCGAGGGAAAGGCGUUUCGUCGUCCCCGGCAAAGUACAUGAAAUUGAUGGGCUAUAUUGAAGCACUCAAAAAUGUACACUCUGGCAAUAGCCAGGCGAGCUGAAUUGCGAAGGGCAACGAAAAACAAGUCAAUUGAUUACGAGGACGCUUUCCAUGCCAAAACCGUUCCCAUAUUUCAGGUCCACGAUUCACUUGCAGUUCAUGGGAACCCCAAUCGAGA